AUGAAGAACUUGUCCCUGGUCCUGAAUGAGGCUGCGAUCCACAGCGGGUGGUACAUCUCCCCGAACGCCACAGGUGACUUAGAGUCCCGGGGCAUCCCGAAGCGGGACGACCAGUUGGCCCAAGCGGAGAUUGCAGUGCUGGCUAUCAUCUUUGUAGCGGCCACGGUGGGUAACAGCGUGCUGGUCCGGCUCCUGUGGAGCAGGAGAAGGAGAAUGAGCCGCAUGUACGUCUUCCUCAUGCACCUCAGCAUUGCCGACCUGGUGGUCGCCGUCUUCCAGGUCCUCCCGCAGCUCAUCUGGGACAGCACCGAGGUCUUCCUGGGGCCAGAUGUGCUGUGCAGGGCGGUGGCUUACCUGCAGCUGGUCGGUAUGUUCGCCUCGACCUACGUGACGGUGGCGAUGACGGUGGACCGCUUCCAGGCCGUUUGCUAUCCCAUGGUGACCUUCCAGAAGAGAAAGGCGUUUUGCAACCCGGCCAUCGGAGCUAGCUGGCUCCUCUCCCUGGCCCUGAGCGUCCCCCAACUCUUCAUCUUCUCCAGGACCGAGGUGGCCCCUGGGGUGCUGCAAUGCUGGGCCGAGUUCAUCCAGCCCUGGGGACUCAAGGCUUACGUGACCUGGAUCUUCAUGGCCAUCUUCUUCAUCCCCACUGUCGUCCUCACCAUAUGCCAGGUCAAGAUCUGCACGGUGAUUCGACUGAACAUUUACACCAAGACUCACCAGCAAUCCGAGCUGACAGAGAGCCAGGGAGUGCACUCCAGAGCCAGCAACGUUAACUGCAUCUCAAAGGCGAUGAACAAGACGGUGAAAAUGGCUGUGGUCAUCGUGCUCGCCUAUGUGCUGUGUUGGGCUCCCUACUUCACAGUGCAGCUUAGCACCGCCUGGUAUCCCAGUGACCUCAAUGAGGGUGCUGUUUUCACCAUCCUCAUGCUGUUGGGGAAUUUAAACAGUUGUACAAAUCCCUGGAUAUACAUGUAUUUCUGUGGAAAAAUCCCAUGUUGUACCAAACACCAAUCACGCUGCCCAGUUCGAAAAGAGUCAGCCAUCACAACUUGCGUCAAUCUGGUUGACAAGGACUCUGCAGAUGUCUUUACCGCAGUCUAAUAAGGCAGAAACUCAGAUCCCAUUCACUAAAACAAUCAGAAAUAAGAAACAUUGAAGAAAAGUUAAGAAAAUCCUGUUUUAUUCCCAACUAAGAUGUAUUCUUUCUUUAAUUGCCUGAGAACCUGAUUUUAACUUGGUGCAAUUGAAUGGGUUUCUGGGUGGGUUAAUAUCUGACCCAGAAGAACAUGUUUUCAAUUUCUAGCAUGUUCUUUUUUUUCAAUUAAUAAAGUUCAAAAUCAGUCAUCAAUUUUAACACCAA